AUGUCGGACGCCGAACAGCCAGAAGACGUUCCCAUUGUCGACCAAGAUGCCAAGAACGAGGGCGAAGUCGACCCCAACGAUGAGGAAGAGAUCACGGCCAUGAAGCGCCGCGUGAAAGAGAUGGAGGAGGAGGCUGAGAAGCUACGGGAGAUGCAAGCUUCGCUCGACAAGCAAUCCGCAGAUCUCGCCGAUGACAAGGAGUCGGUUGAUGCGCGUAGCGUCUUCGUGGGCAACGUGGACUACUCCGUCUCACCAGAGGAGAUCCAGGAACAUUUCCAGAGCUGUGGAUCGAUUAACCGAGUCACCAUUCUUUUGGAUAAAUUCACCGGCCAGCCCAAAGGUUACGCCUAUGUCGAAUUCUGCGAACCCAGCCUCGUCGCCCAGGCCUUGGUCUUGAACGAGAGCGUUCUCAAGGGCCGCAACAUCAAGGUCACCCCCAAGCGCACAAACGUGCCCGGAAUGAGCCGUGGAAGGGGCCGUGGUCGCGGAGGGUUUGGCCGGGGCGGCUUCGGACGUGGUGGUGGUAGCUUUCGGGGAGGAGGUGGUCGCGGUGGCUACCGAGGCGGUCGUGGACGAGGCUACACUCCUUAUUAG